AAAUCUGAGAAAUAAAGACUAGAAGAGUCGCUCUUUAACCUGACUCACCACCGACUUCGCUCCUAGACAGGCGAGGCUACAAAAAGAUUGUAGCAACCAUCCCCGUCUCCAUGACAAUUGCAGCUUCCUGCUGGUCCGCUAGGCGCGUGCUAUGACGUCACUCUCGCGCCCCUAUUGGCGAGCUGGAGUCUACUUCUUCUCGGCUGCUAUCUCUGCAGCCUCCGCAGAGAGCUGUUUGCUAUGGCGGAAGCAAAGACUCCAGAACCUCUGGAAAUCGAGAACAGGAUCAUUGAACUGUGCCAUCAGUUUCCUCAGGGCAUCACAGACCAGGUGAUUCAAAAUGACAUGCCCCACAUGGAGGCUCAGCAACGGGCUAUGGCCAUUAACAGAUUGCUCUCUAUGGGACAGCUGGAUCUUCUGAGGAGCAGUACUGGCCUCCUCUAUAGAAUCAAGGAAUCUCAGAAUGCUGGUAAAAUGAAGGGAUCUGACAAUCAAGAAAAACUGGUGUAUCAGAUUAUAGAGGAUGCAGGAAACAAAGGUAUUUGGAGCAGGGAUAUUAGAUAUAAAAGUAAUCUUCCAUUAACUGAGAUCAACAAGAUCCUGAAGAACUUGGAAAGCAAGAAACUCAUUAAAGCUGUGAAGUCUGUAGCAGCUUCCAAGAAGAAAGUGUAUAUGUUAUACAACCUUCAGCCAGAUCGUUCUGUGACAGGAGGAGCUUGGUAUAGCGACCAGGACUUUGAAUCUGAAUUUGUAGAGGUGCUAAACCAACAGUGUUUUAAAUUCUUACAAACCAAGGCCGAAGCAGCUCGAGAAAGCAAGCAGAACCCUAUGAUACAGAGAAACAGCUCAUUUGCAUCCUCUCAUGAGGUGUGGAAAUACAUCAGUGAGUUAGGCAUCAGUAAGGUGGAAUUGUCAAUGGAAGACAUAGAAACCAUUUUAAACACGUUAAUAUAUGAUGGAAAGGUAGAAAUGACCAUCAUUGCUGCAAAAGAAGCAACCGCUGGCAGUGUGGAUGGGUAUAUGAAACUGUACAGAGCUGUCAACCCGAUCAUACAGCCCACUGGUUUAGUUCGGACACCCUGUGGACUCUGUCCAGUUUUUGAUGACUGCCAUGAAGGUGGGGAGAUAUCUCCAUCAAACUGUAUUUAUAUGAUAGAGUGGCUAGAAUUUUAGUGGUCAAGUGAGAGCCACCAGCUAUGAGAGCUUAUUGCAAGCAAGUUGAUGAACCAAUUUACUUUUUAAUUAUGGACCCUUUUUUUUCUUGGAGAAGAAUGCUAUGGCAUGAAGUUGAGUAUUUCUGAAAAGACUCAAAUUUCUUUCCAAACACUGACUGGACCCAUGGAAAGGGAUUAUGCUGCAGACAUAAGACUGUAACAUUAUUUCCUGAUUGAGAUGUGUGCAGGUACAGAGUUCUGCAUCAACUUUACAGGUACAAGCUAUGUUUUGACAAUUAGAAAGAUUGUGUUUGUUGCUAUGGUAAAUAAAAUAAAUAAUUAAACAAAUUGCAACUGAGUCCCCUUUAGGAUCAUAAUUUAGCAGUGACCACUAGAACAAGAAGCAGCCCUGUUUUAUGAUACCGGUCUGGCACAAUCCACCCAGAUGUUCACUUGUGCAAACCUCAUUAAGAUAACAGGGAGGUUCGUAAAAACACUAGUGUGUUCAAUGGGUGGGUCAAUCUCUGGUUCUGACAAAUAUCUUGCAAGUAUUUAUCUUAAGAUGUAGAAUCCAGUCCUGCAUGUGUUUAGCCAAAACAAUAGUUUCUAAGUUGAGUGCGAGUGUUGUCCGAGUGGAUUCUGGUCCCCCCUUGUAGUUGGAAGGCAGGAAAUUGGAUCAGCAAUUUCUUUUUGCUUAUAACCUUGCCCUGUGCAGGACUUUGAGUUUCAUUUCCUGUCUUCCUCAGAGCUCUACAGUGUUCUUUCAUCUCUGUUGACGUUUUUCCUACAACCUUUUCCCGUUCUAACUGUGACCUCUUCCCUUAGAUUUGCUUUUCUUCUCUAUUGUCCAAAAAACAAGAAAAGAAAAAAGAGCCCUGUAAUGUUCCUCCCACUGGCACCACCUGUCAGGCUCCCACCCGCGGCUCCCACCAGGGAGAAACGUAGUUUUUAUUUUUCUCUAGCUCACCCUAGCACAGAUCUCACAAGAUCCCACUGCUAGGCAGCACCACCAGUCACUCCCUGUAAACAAUACUGCUAGAGACUUUGCCUUUGUCUCCCUUUUGGCUUAUUGUUACUUUGUGUCUGGGUGCACUUGCAGGCCACAACCCCCCUGUAUCUUUGUGCCAAUAAAGCAUACAGCCCUGGGUUGCCCUGGAUACCUGAUGAUACACUAUCUCUUUGCCUCUGCCACCAUUUGAUACUGUUUCUCCGCCUUGGUAAAUACCCUGCCCACCCUUCUGGUCUGUGAAAGCCCCAGCCAAGGAUCAGGCCUUUGGUAAACCAAUAGAAUAUUUAUUUAUAAACACCAGGAAAUAACAAGAUUAUGUAAGGUAUGUUUAACAAGCAUAUGGUUUCAUAUAGUGUCACUCUUUAUGUUUCUGGUCAUAUAUAUAUAUUGCCUAAAUAUCAACCAAAUACAAUCCAAGCCUCCCUCAGAACUCUGCCAACCAACUCCUCCAAAAUCCCUCUCAUCAACCAACUGCCCCUCUCAACAACUAACCUUCCUGACUCAACUCUCAUCCUCUCAUUUAUACCUUCAGCCAUUCAAACACUCAGCCAAUCAUCAUACAGGAUUCUCCAGCAUUCUAGCCCAUGUUCUCCCCCCUCUUACUCAGUCACUUACCAUAUAUUACUUAAUAAACCCACACUUACCAUAUUUACAGAUAUUAAAAUACAGAGACAUCACAAGCCCCUCUUUAUCUUUGGCUCUUCCUUCAUUUUCUCUUCUCUUGCCCCCCUCCCCACUGUUAUAGAUGCAGUUAGGAAAGUAAAGAAAGUGAAGGUCUCUUUACCUUCCUGACACACUCAGGUGGUUCCAGAUCCCCACACAUCCUUGAAUGCCUGGCCACUUGCCUACUCCUUCAAAGGUCACACCAGUCACAGCCACUUCCAGAGCUGCUCCACUGUGCUGUUCCUGUCGCUUCAGUAGUGAUUGUGUGCUGCAAUCCAGGCAACAGCUCUUGGGAGAGAUCCUGAAUGUAGAUGGGAUCUGGACAAGCCUCCCUCCAAUGCAGCCACCCAUCUCUUAGGGGACAGACAGUUCAGAUGACCAGCAGUGCAGCACUAGCAUCAGCCUCCAGUUUCCCACCCUUCUCACCAGCAUUUGGAACCAUCUCUAGCAGCUGCAAACAUUGGGAUUCCAGCCCCUAGCUCAACAUCACUGAGCUUGAUAACUAUCUGCAGCUGCCGGUUACCACAGUAAUUCAGCAGUUAUCAGCUCCUUUGCCCACUGAACAGAUGUAAGGUAGAUAGCUAUUGCACAUGCCCUGCUUCCCAUUGGGAUUUGGUUGGCCACUGUGGGGAGCAGGAUGCUGGACAGGCCUUUGGUCUGACCCAGAAGGACUCUUCUUAUGUUCUUAGCCCACCUUGCACCCCACAUGCUAACAAUUCAUCCUGCUCCAGACAGACAAUAAGUAAUGAAUGAGAAGUAAGACAAUAUAGAGAGAAGGAAUCAAGGAAAUACUUACCAGUGAGGAAAAAUGGGGGUGGGGGCCAGCUGAUGGUAUUUUCAUUUAAUGCUAUUGGCAUAUAAAGCUGCUUUCUACUGAGUCAAACUAAUUGUCCAUCUAGGCCAAUUGAGCGCUGCUUUUCCUGGUAGCAUCUCUGCAAUGUCUUGGGCUGAGAGAAGGCUCUCCCAUCUGAUCCUUUGGAGAUGCCAGGACCUUCUGCAUGCAAAGUAUGUGCUCUACCACUAGCAGCCAGUGCAGCUGAAAAAGAUUUGUACUUGGCAUACAACCUUCAAAUGUGUACUCACCAAAAUCUGUACCAUAUGAACCUUCUAAAAGCCUUCAGGGGGUGUCCCAUAUAAGCAUAUUGCAAUAAUAUAUCAUGGAGGCUGCCAAGUCAUGGAUAGCAGUGGUACCUAUAAAUGAAGCCUGAUCUAUUCACCUCCGUAGCAAAACAGAAUGUUGUAGGAAGAAAGUUUACUGCCAGAGCACUAAAUAUUAAGCAUUUCUCCAUUUUAAUUGAAUACAUCUUUAGCUUACUGGGAAACUAAGAACAAAAUCUAACAUGUACUAAAACUUAAAAUAUACUUUAAACCAUAAAAACCCUUGUAUCAGCAUAUUUUAAUUCUUUAUUUCAAUAGAACUGAAAUAAUUAUUUGCCCCUUUCUGCAUUUUCAGUGAUAACUUAGCAGUGAACUUGGACGGCAUGCUUGUAUAUAGGCAAUAGAUAUAUUUUCUCUAAGAACAUGAGAGCCCUGCUGGAUCAAACCCAAAGGCUUGUCUCGUGUUGUAUUGUGUGUCCCACAGUGGCCAACCGCAUGCUUCGUGGAAAAGUCCACAAGCAGGACAUGAGGGCAACUGCCCUCUCCAGUUGUUGCUCCCUAGCAACUGGUACUGAGAGGUAUACUGCCUCUGGAUAUGGCUUGAUAUCACCAUAAUGGCCACUAGCUAUUGCUAGAUCUUUCUUUCAUGAAAUCGUCUGACCCUCUUCAAAGCCAUCUAAACUAGUGGCCAUCACCACAUCUUGUGGCAAAAUUACUGAGCCAGAUUAGGGCUCCAGUUUACAGGACAUUUCAUAACUUGCUUUGCCUUGAUAUAUUUACAUGAUCAACUUACAUUUGUAUACCAGUUUUAAUAACCAUGGCUUUACUGGGUUUUGUGGUAUUGGGCGGACAAUACUCUGGUGGUGAUUCCUAGUCAUUCCGAGGGUCCCCUUACACUCCUGCUACCACCCCUGUAUCCACUCCAUGCUCAAAUAUCCUUCCUCCUUAAAAUCCAGCAAAAGCAGGAAUCCAAAACAAGGCUAAUCAUUUGAAAUAAGGCUUUUAUUGACAACAGGAAAUAGAAACAAACAAAUUCUCUAUACUCUUCAGCAAGCAAAGUAAACUUAAUACAAACACUAAAAGACAACGAGGAUCCUACAUGUCUCUGGGUUUCAGAGUAGGCUAAUGGCCCUGAGCUGCCCUGGGUUCCCACUUAAUUACUCUUCCCCCUCCAUUUCCAGUAAACCCCUGCCCCACUAAUUAACUAUUAUUUUUAUGACAAUGUUCCUAUGUUGAUUGGGUCUUGCUCUCCUUAGAACAUACACCUCUUCCAAGAAGGAUCUGCCCCUGUCUAGAUUGUCUAUCCCAAACUGUACCAACCUUCCCCUUUUUGUGGUGAAUCCUGUGGGUUUUUACCUUCUCUCAUUUCUCCUGUUCGGGGAGAAGGGGCUUUUUCUGACCAUACUGUCAAUCAUUGCUGCCCCAAGGUGACCUUUAUUAAAGCCUUAUCUGAUGCUUUAUCUAUUCUCUUACUAUGAUUCCUUACAAUCUAUACCUAUAUAAACCUUAUAUCAAUUAUUUUAUGUAAACUAUAUCUUAUAUUAUAUUUAGUUUUGGCAUUUUAUUAGCCCCUAUCAUUCAUUUCAGAUUGCUAGGGACAACAACAAGAUGUUCUUUGCAAUCUUCCAAUGGUACAGAGACAGUUAAUAUUUCUCUUCUGUGGGUCUUUAUUAAAUGUUCUAUGGUCUUCACAAUCUCUUUUAAUUACCUUAGAUCUCUUCCUUAUGCUUUAUUUAUAAGCACCCACAAUCUCUGAACCCACCCUCUAAAAUAUUUAAACUACAAUCUUAUAUCACCCAACUCCUUUCCUAUUUAAAUGGAAUAGAUCACACUUAACUAAAUCACACUUAAGCUUCUAAUAUAUCUCAAGCUUUUCACCCUUCUGGAGACCUCUCUUUAAUACAUGAAAACCUAGAAACGUUUAUUAUUCAAAUUGUACACCAUUGACACCAAUAGAUGGGAGUAAAACUCACAUUCACCUUGAUCUUGCCACACACUGACAAUCGGUGUUAGUUCCCUGUUGUUGUGGUUGUACUGUACUGUGUCAGUUUCCUGUUUCUGUGUUGAGCAGAAGAUGCCAUGCAGUUUUGUGACCAUUUUUCCUGACAAUGGCACUCUCUUACAAAUCUUACUAAGGGGGUGAGUUUUAUGAACUCCACUCAUGUCAAACCAGAGUUCCCCAAAGACCCUAGUUAUGUACCCCUGAUGUUUCCAACCUUCUAGACUCCAACACUUCCCAACCUACUGAAAUAGAUUACUCAGGAUUCCUUGGGAAGAGAAUAUAACAAUUUAAGAAGGCACUAAGUCUGCUGUAUAGAAUCCUAGGGCAACUUUCCCAUGAUCUUUUUAAAUUGAAUUUACGAGUAUGAGAUUAGCUUCAACAAACGAAGCAGCCUACAUGAAACUUAGUCCAGCAUUAACUUCUCAUUUAACCCCUUCCAUUCUGAAGAUUAUUUCUCCAACGUCAAGAUUAUUUUCACUAUGUCAAGUAGCUUUCUCAGAAACUGCUCUUUUCUUGGCAGACUAGGAACUUUGGAGGGGAAGGAAGCAAAUUUGAGUUACAACUGAGCACUAGAAGAGACAAUUUGUUUUAUUUUGGAAUUUGUAUCCCAACAUGUGGUUCAGUAUUUAAACCUACUUUUAAAAACUUCGAGGCAGUAUGCAUUAAAAAGUUCUAAUACAUUUGUGGGGAGGAAAUGGUGUUUUUUGGUUUCCCCAAAACACCUCUGGAACCAUUUUGUUCAAAGUAUGAGGGAGAUCCACAGUCAGUGAUUUAUUUGAGUGAUGCUAGAGCACCCUCUACUGCCCAAUCUGUAAAAAAAAAAAAUUGGAUUCAUAUUAAGGUUUUUUCUCAACAAUGGAAUUUUUCUCAAACUUGUUGGAUAAUGUUAAAAUUCUAUAUUCAAAGCCAUUAUUGAGAAUGAUGAAGUGUUUCAACCCCUUAAUUCUGAUUUCUGACCGAAAUGAUGCCUAUCCCAGUCUGCGUCUGUGUGAGAAUUGCUUUUAAUAUGUCUUUUAAUAUCUUUAACCCUUUUGUAAAAUAUGUUUUUAAAGUUUUUUUUAAUGUUUUUAACAUUGUUUUGUUUUAAUGUAUUUUCAGGUCUUUUUAUGAUGUUUUAAAGUGUUUUUAGUGUUUCUGUUUGCCGCCCUGAGCUCCUGCUGGAAGGAAGGGUGGGGUAUUAAUAAUAAAUAAAUAAAUAAAUAAA